AUGACGACUGUACAUGUUCUUGACGAUUACUACCUGGCCAUCACGGCCCUCAUCACGAUAGCAUACCAGCUAUUCUUCUUUUCAAUAGCCUUCAGUUUCAAGUUUGACAAGCUCACCGAGUCCCAUAAACUAACACCGCAAGACUUCGCUGGCGGCACAAAUUUCGUUCUCCUAGCCAUCAUCACUCUUGCAUUUAGCGGCUACCAUCAUGCACGCCAGGUCGUCGCUUCCAUCUUCAUCAUGCUCUGGGCCGCCCGCCUCUCGGGCUUUCUUCUUUUCAGAAUCAUCAAGACGGGCAAGGAUGAUCGUUUCGACGAUAAGCGCGACAAGUUCUUCCCGUUCUUGGGAUUCUGGAUCUUUCAGAUGAUCUGGGUCUGGACCGUCUCGCUGCCCGUGACCAUCCUGAACUCGCCCAACGUCACGCAGUACCCGCAGCACUCGUUUGGUACGGGAAGAGACAUUGUCGGCAUCAUCUUUUUUGUUGUUGGCUUCACCAUGGAGGCCGUGAGCGAUGCGCAAAAGUUCGCCUUCCGACAGAACCACCCAGAGCGCGAGGCCAUUUGCGACAAAGGCUUCUUCAAGGUCUCGCGGCACCCUAAUUACUUUGGCGAAAUCAUUAUUCAGUUCGGCAUUUACAUGAUCGCCGUCUCGUCUGCCGCUGACGGUUACGUUGGCGGCCAAGCCUUCAAAGCUCUCUACGCCACCAUCGUGGGCCCUUUCUUCCUGACGCUGCUCCUGAUGUUCGUCUCGGGCCUGACCUUGCAGGAGCGUCCCGGCGCCAAGAAGAGAUAUGAAAAGGGCCAGAACUGGGAAGGAUACAAGCGCUACCUCGACCGCACCAGCAUUCUCAUUCCCUUCCCGCCGCAACUGUAUGUUCGCAUGCCCACCAUCCUCAAGCGGACUUUAUUCCUGGAGUUCCCAAUGUACGUGUUUGACCCGGCGAAGCACUCUGAUGCCGCGGUGAGGGUCGAGGAGGGUGAGCACCGGCACGAAGACGUCACCAAGCCACCAGUGAGAAAGAGUGGCGAGGAGAGCCUUGUCGGACAGUCAUCGUAG